UCAGUCAGUCCUCAACCGGUCAGCUUGCCAUUCGGUCGUACUACACCGGCUAUUCAAGGCUAUUAUCGCUAGUGAUUUUUUUCGCUACUGAAAGGAAUCGCCAAGUUCAUCGAUUAGCAAAAAGCGUGUCUAUCGCGGGUGAAAGUGUUCACGUUCAUUCGAUCAGCUGGCAGCAUCAUGGUUGUUGGUCAACCAAACGGCAUUGGCGCUGACAAGGAGUCUCGGGUGCCGAUGCCAGAUCAAGUUCAAUCUGGUUCUGUGGAGAAUAUGAAGAAGAGUUCUUGGUUGGCAGGAACCGGCCACUCCUUAUGGGACACGAUAUGCAUUUUCCUGGCGGAGUUUUUUGGCACUGCCAUGCUGAUGUUUCUAGGCUGUAUGUGUACGGUAGCCGGCUUCGGUAAUGAACCCACCAACAUGUCCUCCGGACUGGGGUUCGGAUUCACCGUCAUGAUGGUUAUUAUCGUUUUCGGUUGUGUGUCGGGUGCCCACAUAAACCCGAGCGUAUCGAUUGCAGGCUACAUCUACAACCAGAUGACGUUCCCGAUGCUCAUCCUCUACUUCAUUGCUCAAUUCUCGGGCGGGCUUGUCGGCUAUGGACUGCUGAUGGGUAUCACACCGGCGGUAUUUUUUUCCAAAGCUCUCUUUUUUGACCGGCCAAUCUGUGUUACCGCUCCGCACAAUGACCUUUCCGCGGUGGACACUUUUUUGCUAGAGUUCUUCAUCACCGGGAUUCUAAUCUGGACCAACGUUGGAAUUUGGGAUCCAAGGAAUCGAAAGAACUCCGACUCUAUUCCGUUGAAAUUUGCCUUCAUAGUCGGUGGAAUCUCCAUCGCCGGUGGGCCCUACACCGGAGCCAGCAUGAAUCCGGCCCGUACACUGGCGCCUGCGAUCUGGAACUCAAGCUACAAAAUGUUGUGGGUGUAUAUGGUAGCUCCACCGCUGGCAGGAGUUGUUUUCACGUUGAUUUACAAAUACGUUUUUCGAAGAGAGGUUCCCGAAGAGGAACCACUGGUGAGGCCUGUCGUUCUGCCAGAUGAAAUCACGAUUAGCACUGUCGAUCGCAAUGGGGUUUAGAAUUUUCUGCUAAACCUAGAAGUUGCAUUUUGUUUCUUAAUGAUCUAAGCGAGUACAUAAUUUAUACAUUUUAAGUAUUCUCGAACGACUGAUAUUUGGCAAAA